AUAACGUUGGAUGCCAACCGCCGAUAAACCCCACCAAAGAAGAAUAUUCCACUUUUGACGUCAUAACUAUGCUACACAAAAGCUGAUGCGUGGGGUAGGUGAGCUAGCAAAACAUUUUCCACGUUUUUGAGUAAGAAUAUUCGAGAAACAAUUUGACUCAAAGUAUGAGUAGUUUAGUUGUUCAUUUUGUUUGAUUUAAAAGCUAUUUUCUAUAGAAUUAUAAACAGUCAGUCUUUUGUCUAGCCAGAGGCUAACUAGACUGUUUGCUAUCUAUCUAACUAGCUCGCUAACCAGCUAGCUACCUUGCUUACCCAAACAACAAGGACUGAAUCCUGAGGCUUCUGUUAUUUUGCAGUUGGAACUUUUUCGAACUGUUGGGAAACAUCACAUCUAGCUAAUCACUACCAUGAGUUUGACGAUGGAGACCAGUGUCUCUUUCCUCAAAUAUGAACUUGCAUCUACCAUCGAACAGGCAGUGACGUGUGCAGUAGAAACCGUUUUGAAGGAAACUGCUAGAGUAGUCGGUAUCAAACUGGCCGCAGCUCGGACUGCUGCUGCUGAGUCUCAUCGUGAGAACCAAAGUUUGAGAGAGAGACUUGACGUAUCGGAGGGUGAACUCAAAGCUACACGCUACUACAUGACAGCAGCCGAGAAGAACAUCAAACAGUGUUUACUUCUUAAUCACAACCAGCCUAGAUCCGGUGCUUUAGGUCCUGGUUCAGAAGAGUCUCUUUUUCUCUUUCCCCCCACUGCUUCGGGGAGUCCUUCCAACAUGCUCACGACCCGUGGGCCCAAGUCGUUUCGAGGCUCAUCCACACGAUCACAGUUUUCUAAGUCACUCCCCAGUGUAGGUCUUUGCUUACCAACAGUACAGCAUGAAUGGCCCAGGAGCAGCGAAAGCUUGACAAGAAUACGGACAUCCUCCUCCACUGUCUCUUCUACCAAUCCCUCACGAACAUCCAAAGUGCCACAAUUAGAGGUUGGAAACUCACCUCAUCACACUGAGGAGGAUACAGAGGGUCAAUUCUACAUUACAGACGAUGGUGUUGCAGAGAAAGAGUACAAAGUCUGUGCAAGUGGAGGAGAGGACUCUGGAAUAAUUCAACACAAGCAGGAGGGGGGAACAGUGGCAGCAGAGGUCCCUCGCAGAACUCCUGAUAUUACCAACUUUGAGUUGGAGAUGGGUCAGAGUCACCCAGCAGGCAAUGUGAAUGACCUGGGCCUGAUCCAGGUGCUCGAUGAGGUGGAUGAAGUCAAAAGAACAGUUAAAAUUGAAAACGACCCUGAUGUCCCUAGUAUGAUGGAGUCCCAGCUCCCUGAAUCGUCACAACAACUGCCACAGAUGCCAGCUCACAUUGAUAACAAUGAUGGUGACAAUGAUGGUAACUUCAUGGGGUUUGUCCCACCCCCUGCAGGGGACCCUGGUCUUAUUGGGGCUUUUGAAGUCCAAAUGGAGAGCUCGGAUAAGGUACAUCGCUGCAACGUGUGUGGCCGGGGCUUCCGCCGCUUCUACUGCCUGAAGACACACCAGCGCAUUCACACAGGUGAGCGGCCGUAUCCCUGCAGGUAUUGCGAGAAGCGUUUCCGCCACCUGGACAGUCUGCAUAAGCACCAGCGCAUCCACACUGGGGAGAGGCCCUAUCGCUGUGCCCAGUGUGGCUGCUGUUUCAGGGAGCUGGGCCAGCUCAAGAAGCACAGGCUGACCCACUCACCUGCUCCCACCACACCCCAUCCGGCAGUGGCACUGUCUCUACUCCAAGCAGGGCCCUCCUACACAUGGCCACACCUCCACUCACAGUCCCUGGAUUCCUGAUCAGGAUAGAUUUGGUACACACAUUCAUACAAACAUAUUUUGUAAACGUGAUAUGAUGGUACUAAUUUUGUGUGUUAAGUUCAUCCUAAUCAAAAGUUAAUAUUUAAUUGACAAUGUACACAGAAGCUGAUCAUGUAAAGAAUCAUCUAUUUAUAUUGCUGCUUGUUCACAAUUUUCUUAAUUGGCAUAAAAGUUCAUUAUGCAGUCACAGAUAGGAGCAGGUCUGCAGAUUCCACCUGGAAAGGUUUAUUCAACAGUUUGGCAUCAAGGAUUGAUUUCCGUUAACUACAGACACACACAUACGUGGUCAAAUGGAAAUACAGAACACUUGAGCUGAGUUGAUGGCUCAAUACAGAAAUGAAAAGUGUAUUUUUGUUGGUAUCACAUACAUCUUUAUCAACAGUUUAACACUAUAAUUAUAAAGCCCAAAACUGUGAAGGGGAAAAUAUGUAUUUAAAGUGAUGCUUCUGUUCUAUAUUGUUUUCUUUAGCCUGUUCAUUUUGAACAGCAAUUUAUUUAUUUUUGUACGUUUUUGAUUUACAUGAUAAUUUACCAAUAAAGUCAUAUUUUCAGAGUA